CUCCUCUUAGCUCCUCUUCAACCAGGGAUUACUCCAGAUGUCUUUCGAGGAAGACCGCAACGACGGAGAGGCGUCCGUUACAGAGAAUUUUAGGGAAUCUGUCACCAAGUUCACAUUCUCAACCCCAUGUCAACCACAGCUCGGUCCAGCAGUCGCUACGGUCCAUAGUUCCGAGCUACCAACCUUGCGACGUUCCUCCAGAGUCGCUGCGGUCGCGACAUCUCGAAAGCCAGGAAUCAAGUGCGAAGUUGAUGCCUUGAUUUCAACAUCACCUGGAAAGGGUAAGCGCAAGGCACCUAACGCAAGUCUGUCCAAGAAUGCCGUCAAAAAACUCAAGCGAGGAUAUGCCCCACCGGAAGCGUAUGCUCAUCUAUCACCCCUCACAGAUUAUCUAGCCUACGGGCUCGACGUCGUUUUCUGUGGAAUUAAUCCAGGUUAUAUGUCCGCCCAGAGAGGACACCACUUUGCCCACCCAUCGAAUCACUUCUGGAAGUGCCUUCACCAAUCUGGGUUUACACCUAGGUUGCUACCACCCUCGGAGGAUUCUUCCUUACCACAAAUAUUUAACAUUGGUUUGACGGAUCUAGUUGACAGACCAUCCGCGGAGGCAGCAGAACUGUCCUCUUCAGAGCGUGUCUCGUCUGUACCUAUCCUGCUCAACAAGCUUGCCCUCCACCGGCCAAGAUUUCUCUGUCUCGUCGGUAUAUCUAACUGGGAGAUACUCCAAAAGGCGCUUUUGCAGAUGACUCAGACGACUGCCUCUGGAUCAAAAGCAUCCCAGGCGCCGGCCAAGAACAUUGGAUUACAGCCAUUCAAGCUAUGCUAUUCAGGUCCUGUCAGCGAUACCUCCGCGAACAUAAGCGAGACAUUAUUAUUCGUGGUUCCUAGCACAUCGGGCCUUGUGACGCAGUAUCAGCUCCCUGCCAAAGUCGAGUUUUUUGCUCAGUUGAAGAGCUUGGUUGAUCGGCCGCCAUCGGAGUUGGAUACAUCGGAAAUGAAAUGUAUCGCCGUACCGCAUAAUCCAUAAUCUAUGAAAGCCAUCUCGAAGCAUCCGAUCAUCACCGUGUGCACCACUUUGAUUUCCAGAGGCAGCCAAUCAUCACUUACUACGAUGGAUGACAUAUCAUUUUACAACCCUGACGAGUACACAUGGACCCAUAUCUACCUGCACAAUACUGUCCUCGAAAUAUAAUACUUUGUCAGCGUCACGAUGUUCGCCCACUUCGAUUACAGGGAUGCCAUAUUAUGGACUCUCCGGUGCCACCACGAUUCACG